AUGGAGUUCGCCGUCCACCCUGCCGCGACGACCGCACCCGCUCCUACGUCUGCCUUUCUCUCCGACUUCCGCUCCGUCCUGAAGUUGAACGGGUGCGGCAAUCUCUUUGGCGUCGACACCAUCAAUAAAGGUACCUGGGUUGAGAUGAAGAUCGGCGGUGCGAGCGUUGUACUGCCGGACAAGAAUACUGGCGGAUUGGACGAUGACAUGUACAUCCCCGUCACGUUCGCGUUUGACCAGCAGGAGCCCACCUUUAGGGUGCACGGCAAGUGUGGUGUGGAUCAUAAGCACACGUCGAAGCCAAAGCCAAAGCCAACCCCGAAAUAG